AUGAAUAUUGUUUCAGAAUCACACAACAAUCACCAGAUUCGACUUGGAAAGGUUGCUAUAGAUGAAAUCUACAAUGAAAACGCAAAUAACGUAGCAAAUAGAACAGAUACUAAUCCUAUACAAUAUCAGACUGGUGCUCGCGUAUUAACUGGACCUACCAAAAUCCAUAUUGUGUAUUAUGGUAAUUGGACUACAGCUCAGAUGAAUAUUGUUAAUACAUUCAUUGCAACGAUUGGAAAUACAGCAUGGUUCAACAUUGAAAAGAGUUACUACUAUCAAGCUACAUCCAUAAGUUCCAAGGUAUAUACAACAGGUCCACUGACUCUUGGAAGCAUAACGACAGAUCAUUACAGUUAUGGAACUCAACUUUCUGAUUCAAGUAUACCAAAUAUAAUUUAUAAUCAUAUCAGAAGUGGACAACUGCAAAAUGACCCACACGGUAUUUACUUGUUGCUCAGUGCUGCAGAUGUGAAGGAAGGCUAUACAAGUACUUCAUCUUUCUGUACUACCUAUUGUGGAUAUCAUUCGGCAUUCUCUAUUGGAAGUACAACAUACAUAUAUGGAUUUAUAGGAAAUCCACAAAAUUGCAUGAGUACUUGCAGUGUCUGGAACCGGGUUGUUUCACCUAAUGGUGACACUGGCGUUGAUGCUAUGUUGAGUCCCAUUGCACAUGAAAUAGUAGAAGCAAUGUCUGAUCCAUUGUUGAAUGCAUGGUUAGAUUCAAAAGGUGAUGAAAAUGCAGAUAAGUGUGCCUGGACGUAUGGAACUACUUAUCGGCUUGGAAACGGUGCUUACUACAAUAUUGCUGCUAAUGGUAAAUAUUAUCUCAUUCAACAAAACUGGAAUGCAAAUCGUCAGACAUGUGCAAUGUCUGUCUAA